CAAUGAGCUUCGACGUGGUAGAAACGCGGGCCGGGCGAGCGUCCGUUGGACGUGAGUAUUGUUGAGUACACGUGUGCACGGCGUACGGUGCAGACGGGCAGUGGUGUUCACGGCUGGCCAGUGCAUCCAUGUUAUGAGUGUUAUUGUUGAUGCUACAGUGAGAGACUGAACAAUGGAAGACGACAGUGAGAAGGGGUUGGCUAAUGGCGGGAGGGAUUCCUCACCGCCGGCGCCUUCGAGUCCGGGAGAGAAGGUGCCGUGCCUGCCUCCUUCCAGUUCCGAUCAAAUGCGCCGUUCGAGUGACGCGGACUCUGUGGGUGUAAAGCGCGGCGGACGCGGCCGUUCGGGGUUCGUGUCCCGGCUGCAGCACAGCGCGAGCAAACGCACCGGUCUGUCUCGCACCGGCCUCAUCGUCGCGAUAAUCAUCAUCUUGCUGUGUCUGGCCCUGUUCAUCGCCGUCAUCGUGAUGGCUGCUUCGUGGCCUGUCACUCCACACAACCUCAGCGCGCCGCUCUGUAGGACAGCUGCGUGUCUCACGGCUUCUGCACAGGUGGUGUCAGCGAUGGGCAGCAGUGAUCAGAGUGCCUGUGACGACAUGCUGAAAUUCUCUUGUGGUUCGUGGCUGCGUGACAAUAGUAUCCCUGCCAGCCGCAACACGUGGAGUCAGACGGAGCAGCUACUCUCUAAAUAUAAUGAGGUGGCAAGGUCGCUGAUUGUGAAACUACCUCAACCAAAUAAAAUUGAAUCAAUUGCAUGGAAAAUGAAAAACUUGUAUGAGUCAUGCAUGGAACUGGACAGCAUAGAAGCUGAUGGGGACAGACCUUUGCUUAGGAUUAUUAAUGAACUUGGUGGCUGGCACGUACUGAGAGACUUUUCUGUGCAGUCGUUUGACUAUAAGAAGACUCUGAUCAAGCUUCAUAAGAAGUACGGUGUUUCACCCUUCUUUAGAGUUUCUGUAGUUCCUGAUAACAGGAAUCCAGAAAGAAAUGUUAUUCAGAUAACUCCAAUUGAGCUGGGACUCCCUGACCCAAGCUAUUAUUACAGAGUAGCAGAGAAUGCGUUCAAACCUAUUCCUCGCUCAGGCUGGCGAAACAUUGGGCCAUUCUGCAUUGAUCCAUCCAAUGUAACAUCGCUGCAAUCUGUGAUCAAGCUCCUAGGAAUCUCACAUGUAGCUAUGGCAUAUCAACAGUUUCUGACCGAUGUGGUGCAGCUUCUCGGAGCAACCAGCACUGAUGCACGAAGCUUUUCUAGCAACAUGUACCACUUUGAGAAGCGGAUAGCUGAGCUCCUGAAUGUAUCUGAAGUGCCUGCAAAUCCAAAUGAGGCAUACAACCGUCUCACCAUUGACAAGUUGCGGCAAACAGCACCUUUGAUCCCCUUGCAAGACAUCCUGCAAGGUCUGUUUCCGAGGGCAAGAAUUUCAGAAAAAACGGAAAUUAUUGUUACGGCCCCUUCUUACUUGAAUGAAGUUUCAAUGCUCCUGUCAACAACUGAUCGCAGCUCAUUGAAUGACUACAUGUUGUGGAAACUGACUGUCAUGUACCUGCCAUAUCUGUCGAACAGUUUUAGAUCUGUUUACAACAAUUACAAUAUUCAGUUAACAGGUGUUCAGGAACCUGUCGAACGAUGGGAAAUGUGUGUGGAGACUGUGGAGAAGUUUAUGAGUUUCGGUCUAGCAACCAUGGUGGAGAACACUUUCCAUGAAGAUGAAAGAGAAAUGGAAAAGACGGAGGUUAGUAAAAUGUUUGACAGCAUACGUGCAAUUGUGAGAAACAGUUUACUUGCAGCAUCAUGGUAUGGGUCAGAAUUAAAGCGACUUGCUGUAGAGAAGGUGAAUGCAAUGGCAUUGGCUGUUGGAUUCCCAACUUCAGUGACAACAGACAGUUUUCUCGAAGAGUAUUAUUCUUCAUUCCGUGUGCAGAAGAGAGACUUCUUUCUAAAUGUACAGUUUGGAAUUGAAUUCUUGUUGUCAAAACAGAUGGAACUUCUGGUAUCACCAUCUGAGGAACAAAGGUGGCUUGAAAUCAUGGCAUCUUCAGCUGACGUUACAUAUAUACCCACGGAAAACAAAAUUGUUAUCCCCCAACGACGCCUUAUUGAACCUUAUUUCAGUGCAGCUUAUCCAAAGUCUGUUCUAUAUGGCCGACUGGGAGUGCAGAUAUCUCGUGGAAUAGUGUGGGGUGUCAUCUCUCCCUGGGGAGCUCUCCACACAGCUGGAGGGUCUCUGUUGCUGCCAUACAAUCCUGAAGUGGAUCAACUUGUGCAGGCAGUGGCCGAUCCAGUUGCCUGUGUGAUGAAAGUUUCUGCGCAAGUUGCAGGUGCUGAUGAUAUGCUUGCCAAUAGAACUGCCCUGACAACAACCAUUGAAGUUUCUGCUGUGAGAAGUGCUUUCAAAGCUUUAACUGAAAUUACAUCCAAGGAUCCUCAUAUCCAUCAGCCAGCUUUGGAGGAUUAUGAAAGUGAACAGUUAUUUUUUGUGUCCUAUGCUCAGAGUACGUGUUCACACUCAACAAUCCAACAGAUGGAUAUUGAUAACACAGUUAGUAGAAGAUUAAACAGUAGCCAGUUGAUUCCUGUUGUUCUGAAGCAACUACCAGAGUUUUCAGCAGUUUUCUGCUGUCCAAAAGAAUCAACACAUUAUGCUUCACAGCCUUGCCAUGACAUACUGUAAUUUAUAAUUUUUGUUCAUCAAUUCAGAAUUUGUUGGUCUUUCAUUUUCUAACUGUUGUUAUUUCACAAUGAUUCAUGCAUCACUUUCAAAUCAUCACAUCAUAGAAGUACUUUGUGCUGUGCAUAUAGAAUAUUGUUACUGACUAAUGAUGUUCACAGGUUUUGUUUGUUGUUCCUAAAUCUUAAAAAUCAGUAAGAUAUAGAAAGUCUAAUUAUGUAUAUGUGAAGUUCCAUUAGAUCUUUGACAAUCUAGUAUGCAAUGUAUAAAUUAUGUUACACUGGCUUAAAAAUCAGAAAGCAGCAGGAAAUAAUUGAUUUUGUAUAUAUCUGAAAAUAUGGAAAGCAUAGAGCAGUUUUUUAUACUGUCACUUUGAAGAAUUUGAAUAGUUUUUUUAGAAGUGUUAUAUUUUUUGAUAAAAGUAAAUAUAUUGCAAAAUAUAGUGAUUCUGUGCUAGUCUUUAAAAGUAUUUUAAUAUUUUUGUAAUAAUAGUCAUUGUUCAUCUUGUGAACACAAUAUAUGAAAGAAAACAUUUGUCCUGUGCAAACUCGAUUUGUUUUAUAUCUUGUAAUUACAUCUAAUCUAAGUACAGCAUUUUCAAAAUGUUGCUGCCAUGAAUUGUGAUUAUGUAUCAUAAGUCUAAAGCGAUAAGUAAAUUAAUAAAAAUACAUAUCUAAAAUCUUGA